UGAUAAUAAUGAUACUUUUUGCAAGAGGCCAUUAUUUUUAGGAACGAAUCAAAAAUUAUAUUUUUUAAUUCGACGAGAGGUGAUAGCUGUGCAAUUUGGUUGAAAAACGCUAUCCAAGUCGAGUGGCAUUGCGUUGAGUAUCGUGCAGAACCGAAUUUUACCCGUUUUAGACAUGGAAGGUGAACGGAAAACAGAUUAUCUGUGAAGUGUGAUAUGAACAGCGAGAGAAUUCGUCAUCAACAGUGCAGUGCAGUUAAAAAAUCGAGAAGCGGACCAAAACGAAAAGCAGCCGAUGCGAGUCCCUAGGCUUGUUUUUUUUUUUUCACCAACAGUAAAAAUAAUCUAACGGAGGUGUUUCGUUAACGUUGGAAGCUAGCAACGAAAAAGUGGGGUAUUAAUCGGUCAAUCAGCCACAAACAACACGUGAACGUUUUGAACGUUUGAAGCAAUAAGUGCAAGAAAAUAAAUUUAAACGUUAUACAUAACCAGAAAAUAAAUACAAUCACAGAUGGAAGAAGGAAUUCAUCAACUUAGCAUCACUAUUGAGCACGCAUCUUUACGCAGCAACGGCUUCUUGAAACCAAACCCGUAUGUAGAGAUUGCAAUCGAUAAUAAAAGUACCCGCAAGACCGACUUCCUUAAAAACACCAAUGCGCCCAAAUGGAACGAACGCUUCACCGUAAUCGUUUCGCCCAGUUCGGUGCUGCACUUCCGCGUGUUGGACCAUUCCAGCUUCCGGAAGGAUUCACUGCUAGGGCAGCAGACUGUCUAUCUGGCGCACAUUCUCGAGCACUACAAUGGAGUGCUGGAAAACCUGGAGCUCAGCAUGGACCUGCUGACGGACGCGUCCACAUCAUCAAAGACAAACGAGCCACGGCAACCGACCAAAACCGGUGAACUGGUGGCCGUACUGAAUGGACUAAACAUCGAUAUGCGCGUUGUAGCACUGAGGGCUGGAAGCAGCGGCAUGAGCGUGGCUAACAAUCACUCCAAUGACGUCACCGGCGCCACAGCGUAUGUCAACGGGAAUGGGAUUGCCGCCACCAUGGACAGCAGUCGUAGCAGUAUCCUGAACGGAGGCAUUCGAGCGCGUAUGCGAUUACGUGGAACACCGUCGACCCAAUCGCAGAGUUCACAAUUACAACCAACGCCUAGUCCUGGCAGCAUCAGCAACCAGCAGGCUCAUCAUUCCCCCUCGUCGGCAGGGAUUCACCUCAGCAGUGGAUCUACCGGUGCCGCGGCAGCAACGGCAGUUGGUCCAAUGGGGAAUGGAGCAGCUUUGCCAUUAGGUGGUCCCGGUCCAUCCCCAAUGGGGCCAGCCGCGUCGACGGGAGCGAUUCGUCGUAGCAGUGGCAUGAAUUGGGAUCAACAGCAACAGCAACAGCAGCAGCAGCAGGUAAUACAUUCAAUGCCUCCGGCUGGGCAUCAGCGUUUGGGUCCUGUCUAUUCAAACUCUUCGCAAGACUCCCUCCUAAAUGGUAUGUCAAACAGCACCGCUUACAACAGUCAAGUUCAACCGAAUUUGACAGCCGGUACUAUGGUUCCGAUGAACGGUGGCACAAUAGCGCCUCAAGUGAACAACGCAACAGCUACCGCAACAACAGGUGCAAUGGUUCCCAUUGGAGGCAGUCUCACCGAUCAGCAGAUGAUGUUGCAGGCAGCCGCACAACAAAACCAGGUUGAUGACGAACCUUUACCGGCUGGAUGGGAAAUGCGGGUGGACAAAUAUGGCCGCCGUUACUACGUCGACCAUAACACACGGUCCACAUACUGGGAGAAACCGCAGCCACUUCCCGCAGGUUGGGAAAUGCGCCGAGAUGCUCGUGGUCGCGUUUAUUACGUUGAUCACAAUACACGAACAACGACCUGGCAGCGCCCGAACAGCGAGCGCCUAAUGCAUUUCCAGCACUGGCAGGGACAGAGACAGCAUAUCAUAUCGCAAGGGAACCAACGGUUCCUCUACCCGCAGCACGCUCAACAAUCCAAUACCACUUCCGUGCCCCAUGAGGAAGACGACGGCCUUGGUCCUCUACCGGACGGAUGGGAAAAACGAGUUCAACCCGACAACAGAGUUUACUUUGUCAAUCACAAGAAUCGCACCACACAGUGGGAAGACCCCCGAACGCAAGGUCAAGAAGUAAACAUGCUAACGGAAGGUCCACUUCCACCGGGAUGGGAGAUUCGUUACACAGCAACAGGGGAACGCUUCUUCGUAGACCACAACAACCGGAAAACUACUUUCGAAGAUCCUCGACCUGGGGCUCCCAAGGGGGGAAAAGGCGUUUACGGAGUACCCCGCGCAUACGAACGUUCAUUCCGAUGGAAGCUCAGUCAAUUUCGCUAUCUGUGUCAAAGCAAUGCUCUGGCUUCCCACAUAAAGAUAACGCUAACGCGACAAACCUUGUUCGAGGAUUCUUACCACCAGAUUAUGCGUCUACCGGCAUACGAGUUGCGGCGACGAUUGUAUAUCAUAUUUCGGGGUGAAGAAGGCCUCGACUAUGGCGGGGUUUCCCGUGAAUGGUUCUUCUUGCUGUCACAUGAAGUUCUGAAUCCAAUGUAUUGUCUGUUCGAAUACGCCAACAAGAACAAUUACAGCCUUCAGAUUAAUCCCGCCAGCUAUGUCAACCCAGAUCAUUUGCAGUAUUUCAAAUUUAUCGGAAGAUUCAUCGCAAUGGCACUGUAUCACGGGCGGUUUAUCUAUUCCGGUUUCACGAUGCCGUUCUACAAACGAAUGCUGAACAAAAAGCUCACUACCAAAGAUAUCGAAUCGAUCGAUCCCGAGUUUUACAACUCGCUCAUCUGGGUUCGGGACAACAACAUUGACGAGUGCGGACUGGAGCUGUGGUUUAGUGUAGACUUUGAAGUGCUGGGCCAGAUAAUUCAUCACGAGCUGAAGGAGGAAGGGGACAAGGAACGUGUCACGGAGGAAAACAAGGAGGAAUAUAUUUCGCUGAUGACGGAGUGGCGAAUGACUAGGGGUAUCGAAGAGCAGACCAAAACCUUCCUGGAGGGUUUCAAUGAAGUGGUGCCUUUAGAGUGGCUAAAAUACUUCGACGAGCGAGAGCUAGAACUAAUGUUGUGCGGCAUGCAGGAAAUCGACGUUGACGAUUGGCAGCGAAACUCGAUCUACCGCCACUAUAACCGUAAUAGCAAGCAGGUUGUGUGGUUCUGGCAGUUCGUACGAGAAACUGACAAUGAGAAGCGUGCCAGGUUGUUGCAAUUCGUAACGGGUACCUGCCGGGUACCUGUCGGUGGCUUUGCCGAGCUGAUGGGUUCCAACGGUCCGCAGCGAUUUUGCAUUGAAAAAGUUGGCAAAGACACCUGGUUGCCACGGUCGCAUACCUGCUUCAAUCGGCUGGAUUUGCCUCCGUACAAAAGCUACGAUCAGUUGGUUGAGAAGCUAAAUUACGCAAUCGAGGAGACUGAAGGAUUUGGUCAAGAGUAAGCCUGGUGAAGUUCGGAAAUAUCAAUAAAAAACGACUUGCAUGUGAUUCAUCCGAUAGCGAUAUCGAUAAUAUUCGUGUUUUUAUAAGACAUUUUCGUGGUUAUUUGGCAAUUUGAAUUGACUGGCAAAAUGGUUCAUAUCUGACGUUAGAAUGAAUGACUGUUCUGUUCUUGUUUUUUUUUUGUAAAUUGUAAUUAUACACCUGUUUCGUGUAUAAUGCGAAGAAAGUUCGUGGAAACGUAUGAUUUAUACUGCAAUCCGCUACCCAUUAAGUUAGAUGUAAAAAUGUACAUAAUACUUUAACUAAAGAAGAUCUUUAGUUCCCUUGUUCCAAAAAUCGUGAUAUAUCAGAGUAGAGAUAAAUCGUUACUGUAUUGUGUAAACACAUGUAAAUAAACCGUGUCAGGCCUAGCAAAAAAAUGGGAUAAAUAUUAGUAACAAUAAAGUCACAUCAAUAAACUAUACACUUCAAA